AGACAUAAGACGUCAUAUGUUAGUUCAUACAGGAGAGAAACCUUUCAAAUGUGAUAUGUGCACAAAAGAAUUUACGCAGAAAUACAGCUUGACAAAACAUAUGCUUUUUCAUACUCGCAAGAAAGCUUUGAAAUGUGACAUGUGCACAAAACGUUUUACACUCGAAUCGAGUUUGAGAAAACAUAUGUAUAUUCAUACUGGCGAGAAAUCUUUUAAAUGUGAUAUCUGCACAAGAUGUUUUGCAUGGAAAGCCAGUUUAAAACAGCAUAUGCUAAUUCACACUGGAGAGAAACGUUUCAAAUGCGAUUGGUGCACAAAAUGUUUUGCACUGAAACCUGCUUUGAAGAAACAUCUGCUUAUUCACACAGCAGCAGAAAAACCAUCAAAAUGUAUAGUGUGCUGUCAACAUUUUGCAAACAAUUACAGUUUGACAUGUCAUAUGUCAAUCCAUGCUGACCAGGACCCAUUCAAAUGUGAGAAUCGCACUAAAGGUGAAACUCAAAAUUCAAGCUUGAGUUGGCGUAAAAAGCUUCAUACGAAACAGAAACCUUUCAAAUGUGAUAUAUGCAAAAACCGUUUCACUCAGAAAUCACACCUGACACAUCAUAAGAUGCUUCAUACCGGAGAGAGACCGUUCAAAUGUGGGGUGUGCACAAAAGACUUCACGACCGCUAAAGACUUGCGACGCCAUAUGGUAACUCACACUGGAGAGAAAGCUUUCAAAUGUGAUAUAUGCACCAAAUAUUUUACACAGAAAUACAAUUUGAAGAAGCAUAUGUUUAUUCAUUUUGGUGAGAAAUCCUUCCAGUGUGAAAUAUGCACGAAAUGCUUUAGACAUGGUUCCAGUUUGAAACAGCACCUGUUUGUUCAUGCGGAGGAAAAACCAUUUCAGUGUAAGAUGUGUGAGAAGGGUUUCAGCCAUAGUGCCACGUUGCGAAAACAUAUGUUUAUUCACGCUUCAGAUUUUAUAGACUAGCCAAACUUAGUGCAGGGCUUGUAGAUUAUAGUAGCCCCACUCCCAUGGCUAGUGAUAUUCAGUGUUGGGCUAGUAAAUAACUACUAUAACUAGCCCGACAGGUAGUGGAAAAAAAUCUCUCGUCAAAUAUUGCAUUUAAGUCUUAUUUUGUAUAUAUGAAUAUCCUGUUCCUGUUCUCACCCACAAUCUAAGGGGUUUUAAGCUCUAUCUCCUUCUUUAGUUUUAGACCAGCCUCGGUGUCGUCAUGGUUAGGCCAUCGGUCCACAGGCUGGUAGGUACUGGGUUCGGAUCUCAGUCGAGGCAUGGGAUUUUUAAU